AUGGACGCAUUAGCUCAGGCGGACUGUCUCUGGGAGUGCUGAGUCGAAGAUCCUCUCUGGCGUCUGGACCGACAGAAACCGGCUGCCCUAUUUCACCUGAGUCGGAGAUAACACAUUUCACCUCGAGUUGGGACGCCCUCGACCGCUCCAAGGGGUGACCUUAACGUCGGGGUUUUGGCGGACACUCAACGUGGACCAAGAACUGCGCAGCUCAAAUCUAACGGUAGUCAAAAUCCAAGACCCACGAUGGACCCGAGAGACACUGCCCCUGAUUCCUGGGAACAAGAGGACGAUGUGGAGGCCACGAUCGACGGACAACUUGAGCCGGCGUUCACGAACCUAAACGUGAACGCUAAGCCGUUUGUGCCCAAUGUAAACGCCGCCGAAUUUGUUCCCACUUUUGCCGUGAAAGCGCAGUCGAGAAAUGUCGAUUCAGAUGUUGCUGUUGAAAAAAUAUCCACCAUGGAUGUGUCAGAAAACACUGCCCCCGUGGAGAACGGCGACACAGAGAUGACCACAGAGGAGCCGUGGGACCAGAAAGAUGCAGAACCAAGCGAGGAGGAGCCAGGAGGCGGCGACCGAGGGCCGGCGGCGGCGGCCACGCCCGAGGAGAGCGCUCCGGAGACCAUGGAGGAGGAGGAGGAAAUCCCCGCGCCCAAGGUCGUACCCACACAGCCAGACGCCCCCAAGAAGGAGCACAUCAACGUCGUGUUCAUCGGGCACGUAGAUGCUGGAAAGUCCACCAUUGGCGGACAAAUCAUGUACCUGACAGGCAUGGUUGACAAGAGGACCUUGGAGAAGUACGAGAGAGAAGCCAAGGAAAAGAACCGAGAAACCUGGUAUCUGUCCUGGGCUUUGGACACCAACCAAGAGGAGAGGGACAAAGGCAAGACUGUGGAGGUGGGACGGGCAUAUUUUGAGACAGACAAAAAGCACUUUACCAUCUUAGAUGCUCCAGGCCACAAAAGCUUCGUGCCCAACAUGAUCGGAGGAGCGUCGCAAGCGGACCUGGCUGUUCUGGUGAUCUCUGCCAGGAAAGGAGAGUUUGAAACCGGCUUCGAGAAGGGCGGGCAGACGCGGGAGCACGCCAUGUUGGCCAAAACGGCCGGCGUCAAGCACCUCAUUGUUCUGGUGAAUAAAAUGGACGAUCCCACCGUCAACUGGAGCCUGGAGAGGUAUGAAGAGUGUAAAGAGAAACUAGUGCCAUUUUUGAAGAAGGUGGGCUUCAACCCGAAGAAAGACAUUCACUUCAUGCCGUGCUCCGGGCUGACGGGGGCCAACCUGAAGGAGCCCACUGACAUGUGCUCCUGGUACACAGGUCUACCAUUCAUUCCACACCUGGACAAUUUGCCACAUUUCAACAGAUCAAGCGACGGCCCCGUCAGAUUGCCAAUCGUAGACAAAUACAAGGACAUGGGCACCGUGAUUCUGGGCAAGCUGGAGUCAGGAUCCAUCAGUAAAGCACAGCAGCUCGUCAUGAUGCCAAACAGGCACACGGUGGAGGUGUUGAGUCUCCUGUCAGACGACGUGGAGACGGACGACGCCUCACCGGGGGAAAACCUCAAGCUGCGGCUGAAGGGCAUCGAAGAGGAGGAGAUUCUUCCCGGCUUCAUCCUCUGCAACGCCGAGAACCUCUGUCACUCGGGCCGCACCUUCGACGCCCAGAUUGUCAUCAUCGAACACAAAUCCAUCAUCUGUCCAGGUUACAACGCAGUCCUUCACAUUCACACCUGCAUUGAAGAAGUGCAAAUUACGGCCUUAAUCUGUCUGGUAGACAAGAAGUCAGGAGAGAAGAGUAAGACACGACCACGAUUCGUCAAACAGGACCAGGUGUGCAUCGCCCGUCUGCGCACAGCAGGAACCAUUUGCCUCGAGACCUUUAAAGAUUUUCCUCAGAUGGGACGGUUUACCUUACGGGACGAAGGUAAGACCAUCGCCAUCGGUAAGGUGCUGAAGCUGGUUGCUGAGCGGGACUGAAGAGGACUUGGAGAGUCCUGGUGAGAAGGACCGAGCGGAGCUUGAUCACAAUCCGCUCGCACUGUUAUCAGAGGCGACGGCACCUCCCUGUCACGCCCCCCGUUUCGCGUGCUGAAGAUCGGCUCCAAGAAAAAAAAAAAACUCAUGAAAAAGAAACCUGUUUUUAAGCAAAUGACAAACCGAGAUGAUGUCCACACGAGUCAGCUUUCUCAUAUUGAGAGCUCAGCUAUGCCAUUCUGGGUUAGCCCUCCCUCCAUCUACCCCCCCACCUCCCCACUCUGGUCUACUCAUCAUUAAAUGAUUUAUAUUUUUUCUUUUUUUCUUUUUUUUUUUUCAUUUUUGCUUUCAUCAAUGACAAAUGGCAGAAGUUAUAUCUGUAAACAGAUGUGGACCAGGAAUUUUUUGCUUGGAGUAUAAAAAAAAAAAAAAAUGAUUUACAGAAGUUACUCGCAAAAGAAAUUAUUUGAAAGAACUUAACCAGUUGAAACCAAAUGUUUAUCUUGGGUGUACAUGUUUCCCUUUGCUUUUACCCAGUUUUUUUGGUUUCUCAUGUGGCGUUCUGGCAGCGUGCUUGAGCGUGUUCAAAUGUUAUUAAAGCAAACAACUAUGACAAUAAAAUAAUAAAUUGGGGAAAACAAAGUGUGUUCAUUGUCGGAGCACAUGUCGCCGCUGGCCUCGGAUUUAAGCUCAUGUUGAUUUACUCGCUGCUGGUUGUCGCCUUUUUGAAUCCAAGUUUUAAACAUCGGUCCAGGCUCAUUAUUGAAAUGCUGUUUUAAAACGAAAAUAAAUGAAUAAAAUGAAAUGUAUUAUUCAAGUUUUUAUAAGUACAGUUACUCAUCUCGCUUUUUACAGAAUCGCUCAGUACAUCAGCCUGAUCUCUGUUAGAAGCAGACUCGCUAUAGAAAUGCACUGGAACCCUUAAAUAGAAAAAGGCUCCAAAAUAAAUUGAAAUGGACAAAGGUA